AUAGACUUAUUGCUCAUACUCUGGCGCUCUAAUUGGCUGCUGCACUUUUGGGGAGGUAUGAUGGGAUUUUCUGGCUUGUUAUACAUUCUGGAGAGAUAAAUGAGGACGCUACACGACAGGAUUAAUGAACUUGUCUCUCUUUAUACUAAAAGUUCACCCCUGCUAGAGGACAACUCUGUUAGCGUAGAAUACCUGUUAGACACAAUCGUUUGCCUGUCUUAUGAAUGCAAACUCCCUCAACACAAAAAUGAGAGGAACUGCAUGAAGUUCUAUAAUGCUGUAAAAAAGUAUGUCGACAAGAUUGAAAGUUGUUGGAUAUCAAAGUCGGAAUUUGAAACCAUAAGACUGAUUGGAUCAGGGGCUUUUGGAGACGUAUCAGUUGUUAAGUGGAAAAAUGAUGGAAAGAUAUAUGCUUUGAAAUCUCUCCAUAAGUACGAUAUGCUCAAACGUUCAGAUGUAAGUCAUUUAAUGCUUCUUAGGAUACUUGUAGAGAGCGUGUUUUCAAGAGGAGCGUGAUGUGAUGGUGAAGGCAAUGGUCAGUAAAUCUCUGUGGCUGGCCAAAUUACACCACACAUUUCAGGAUGAAAAGUUUUUGUAUUUUCUUAUGGAUUUUUACAAUGGUGGGGAUAUGCUUACCAUGUUGAGCAAGUUUGACGACAAGAUACCUGAAAGCAUUGUACAGUUCUACGUUUCUGAAAUGGUCUUGGCCAUUGACGCCUUGCAUCAACUGGGUUAUGUUCACAGAGAUAUAAAGCCAGAUAACGUGUUGCUACAAAGCUCAGGUCACAUUGUCCUUGCUGAUUUUGGUUCCUGUUUAAAACUUGGCGAAAAUGGACUAGUGAAGAACAAUACAGCCGUCGGUACACCAGACUAUAUAUCACCAGAAAUUUUGCGGGCUUCUGAAGAUGGCCAUGGGACUUAUGGUGUUGAAUGUGAUUACUGGUCUCUCGGAGUUGUGAUGUAUGAAAUGCUCUUCGGCGAAACGCCUUUCUACAGUGAAAAUCUGAUCGAAACUUAUAGUCACAUUAUGAACUUUGAGAAACAUUUUACCAUUCCGACUGAUUGUGUAAAAAUUUCCGAAUCAGCAUGUGACCUAAUACGACAUCUAAUUUGUGACCGGAAACGAAGAUUUGGUCGAAAUGGAAUAGAUGAGUUGAAGGGCCAUGCUUUUUUUAAUGGCAUAGAUUGGGAACACAUUCAUGAACAAAAUCCUCCGUACAUUCCCGAAGUCACCAGUCCAGACGACACUUCCAAUUUUGAUAUUGAACAAUCUUCUCGAAAUCACGAAGGGCCACCACUUGGACCGAUUUUUCGAGGAUGUCAGGUUGCAUGUAUUGGAUUUACAUUCACAAACAACUCACCACUGAAUGAAUUAGGUCCUACACAUUAUAGAAUGACAUCAAAAGAUAAAUCGGAAUGUUCUGAGGAAAUUUCUAAUCCUAAAAGUUCUGAUGCACAUGUUUUAAAUGAUAUUAGUCUACCAUCUGAUCAUAGUGAAAUAUUAAACCCCUCAAAUGCAUCGAAGUUCAGCAGUGAGACACAUGAACCAGCUCUGAUUGAAGUAAUUGAAGGUUUGAGGACAAAAUGCGAGAAUUAUGAAAUGCAAAUAACGGAAUUAAAAGGCACGUUGUCGUGUUAUCGGGAAUCCAAGGGUGAUCAAGUAUCUGUAAAGUCGGAGUCGGACCCCACAACAAAUAAUUUGGAAAAGCAAGAUGUAUCAUCAGGUGAUACUUCAACCGUUAAUACCAUAACACGACAAGUCGAAAUUUUGUCUCAGAAACUUAAAGAAUCAGAAGCCCAGAAUCAACUGAUUUCAGCUACUGUAGAUCUGCUUAGAAAUGAACUCUCAGAACAACAUGAGUUACGAGAAAAGUUACAGUCUGAAGUACGGGCAUUCGAAGAAGAAAAUGAAACACUAUGUAAGCGUGCCGCAGAUGCUCAGUUAGCUAUCAGAUUGUUGGAGUCAGAGCAUAGUGAGUUGUUAUCUGAGUUAGCUCGAUUACGUGGAGAACUGGCUUCACAUCGUGAAUAUGAUAAUCAUACUGUAUUGAAUGAUGUACGUGAUUUACUGCAUAAAAAUGAAUCUAGAAGCCUAGAAAACGGGAUAAAAUGUCACAAUAUCUCCAUAUCAUCGUCUUCUUCGUCAUCAUCAACCAAUCUAGUCAAUGGAACACAACAUUCACAUAUUAACAACCAUUCAUCAGAUUCUGAUCUACGGGAACGUUUGUAUGAAAGUGAAACCAAGCUAAAACGGGUCAUGGAGAACCUAAUAGUAGUGAGACAUGAAGCACAAAGCUUGAAAUUAGGCUGGGAGUCAGAACAAAAAGAAUGGAUGAAAGAACGUGAGUUGUUAGAAGAGAAAAUUAAGAUAGCCGUUAAUCAAAAGACUAUUGCGUUAGAAGAUGAGUUGACCACACUUAAAGAGAAUAAUGCUGAGCUUGAAAAUAAUAUAGCUAAUUGGGAACGCCAUUUAUUCGAGUUAAAUCAGUGGGUUGAUGAUGAACGUGAAGCUAAAGAAAAACUGCAUAAUUUCACAAUGCGCUUAGUGUCUGAAUUGGAUACACUUCGUGCUUCAGGUUUGGUACAAGAUUAUAAUCAGAAUGGUGUGUGCCCGAAUGGUUAUCAAUCAUCAUGGCGUCCAAACGAUGUGAAUUCUUUAGCUUAUGACAGUCCUGCACAAAGUGUUAUUGUUGAGAACACACUGGACUGGCGUCAACGUAAAUCUACUAAGUUAAAUAAAAUGGAAAGAUGGAGUCAUGAGGUAGCUUUAAAUAAUGAAGUAAAAGCGAGGGAACAAGCAGAACUCCGUCUACAAGAAGUUGAGGCUCGUUUGAAAGAGAUGUAUGAUCAAACUAAUCAAAAAGAUUUGAAAAUUAAGGAACAAGAUCGUAUUAUUGAACAUCUCAAUGCUCAAUUACUUGAAGCCUCCAACCAGGCACGUUUAUGUCGUAUGAAUAAUGACACCGUCAACGAUGCAGUCAGUUUUAUGCCGAAAGCAACUUCGGAAAAGAACGCAAUGGAUAACAGACGAUCGCUCCCUUCACUUGAUAUUAAUAGCCCAUAUACAUCAACACCAGGACAAAACUCUUGGACUACUUUAGAUGCUUCUGGAGCGUCUCAAACAUCUACUUCGACACACAAAUUUACUUUCGUCACGUUUUUGCAACCAACAAAAUGUCACGUUUGCGGCAGUUUGAUACUAGGUCAGAAGUGGCAAGGCGUUCAAUGUCAAGAUUGUCAAUUAAAGUGCCAUCAUCGGUGUCGUAUGUCUGUACAUAUUGUUUGUGCUGCGCCUAAUUCGAAUUGUAUUGAUGGUUCACAUGGCUUUGGUGCUGAUUUUGAAAGUGAUGUAAAGAUGCCCAAACUAGGUGGAAUCAAACGUGGAUGGAUGAAAUACCGUGUAUUUUUAUCUGAUAAGCGCUUAUUCUUUUACGAUAUUGUUUCGGAAUCGUCAAAUAUUGCAGCUUUAAACGGAAGUGGCAAUUCGUUAUCUCCAACUUUUCAAAAUUUCCAUUUAUCAAAUAGUCAUAACGUUUCUUUGAGUUCAUUAAAUACGUCCACAAAUCCCAUGUUCCAGUCGAACAGUCCAAGUCGAAUUGUAGAUUUACGUAGUUCUGGUUUUUCUGUAUCUUAUGUAACCGCAUCUGAUGUAAUCCAUGCAAAGCAGCAAGAUAUCCCAAAAAUAUUGAAGGUUGUUGUAGAUGAUUAUCUUCCGAGCGCUCCAUUAUUUCUCUUAUUUGAAAGCUCUGCACUUUGUGAAUGUUGGUUUAAACUAAUUCAAGAUGUAUUAAAAUUACUACAACGUCAUAUCAAUACUGAUAGUGAAUUGCAGUGUUUACAAGUGCGUGAUAUUUCUGUGUCUUCUGUAUCCGUCAUAUUAAAACAAAUUAAUUGUGCUUCAGUUUUAGAUGAAUACCGAUUCUUGGCUGGGACGGAUGAAGGACUCUAUAUUGUUGAUAUUAGGCACAAUAUCAAUACACGUAUAGGUGCACGUAAACCAGUUUAUCAAGUUGAAGCAUUAGCUGAAGAACUUCAAUUAGCUGUUGCUAUACAAGGUAAACAACGAUUCUUAAAAUUAAUACUGGUUGGAUCAUUUGAAGGAAUGAACUUAAAACCAAUCAAAAUUACUGAACCAAAAUUAUGUACUCGAUUCACUUGUUCAAUGAGUCGAAACAAUACAGUUUGUUUAAUUUGUGUGGCCAGUAAUCGUUCACUGUUCAUUUUUGAAAUUGCACGUGUACAAGGAAGACAUAAACGUUUAAAAGAAAUUUCAUGCCCGUAUAUUGUUCAGUCUAUCAAUUUUGUUCGAGAUGGUGAUUGGAUAUGUGUUGGAUCGUCAAAUUAUUUUGCUAUGUUUAGCAUAUGGACCGAUGGACCCGCUCAAGUUUUAUUACGUGGAGACCUCAUUGACAUUGACUCUAGCCUGGCAUUCUUCCAACACUCACCGUCAGAAGCUCAUUGUGCUGUUCAAUUGGGAGAUGAUGAGUUUUUGUUAGCAUUUGAAAAUUGUGGAGUCUAUAUGAAUAGCAAUCGUAAAAAAACACGACCAGAUAAUCUUAUGUGGCCUGCCAAACUUAUUUCUGGUACUGCUGUUAGCUUUUCCUAUCCAUAUUUAUAUGUAUUUACGGAGGCUGGCUUAGUUGUUUUUAAUGCUAUCACUAGUUGCUGGGUAUCAACACUUAGCUCCUGUCGUGUUCAACCUUUAAGUAUGGAUGCACAUUUAUGUCUUGCACACCUAUCAUCAUCGUCUAUUUCAAACUCGUCUUCUCGUAAAUCAGCAGUUGGUGGUAUCAUGGAUUCUUCUACCGGUAAUGUUGCUACACCUUCCCCACCAUACAUUUCUCCAAGCGAUUUAGUUUCUGGUCAACAACAACAGCAACUGGUACGGUUGAUCCACUUACCUCAAAUAUCCGAUAACAAAGAAAUGUCGAAACAACAGGUGUCGGCGUUACGAAGUAGGCGAUUACAAAUGCCUCAGUCUAGUAUCUUUGGUGUUACGGGGCGCGUGCGUGUAAGUGUUGGUAUUUUUUUGUAAAACAAGUAAUUAUUUGCUACUAUUAAUAAAAUUUUCUGCUUCACUUAGUUUUGCAAACAUUUAAAUAUGAAUUAAUAUACUAAGGUUUCCGUUUUUCUAACCAAACCGAUGACGUUGCUCGAAACAAUUGUGUCUCUGUGUUAAGAAAAACACUAGAAUAUAGUAAAGUGCUUAAUUUCAUGAAAUGUGAUUUGAGUAUAAUAAGUUUAAUGAUGUUGCUUACAUCAAUGUGGAUCAUUAUUAGUUGGUUUUAUUGCGUACACCUCACUCGAUGUACAUUAUAAAUUACUAACCUGGCGCACAUGCAUGUAAAAGGUAAUAAUACUAAUAGUAAUGCAGCCGGGAUGGCCGAAUGGUUAAGGCGGUGAACUUAAAAUCCCAUGGGAUGUCCCCGCGUAGGUUCAAACCCCACUUCCAGCAGGCGGCUUUCGUAGCCACGACACUGCCCUGCCAACAUCCCUCACUGUGGCAACACUGGAAACCCUCACAUUCCCACACUACGGUAAGAACAUUUAUCGACAUCUAAGUUUAAUGUGUAUCUGUCAUUCGAAACACAGGUCACUUGAAAAUGGUUUAAACAUAAUGCGGUGUAUUUCGCAACUCUAUGUUUAGACCCGAAGUGUUUAGUAACAUUAUAUAUAAUUUUUUUAUCGCUAGAUACUCAUUAUCUUAAAGUAUAAAUACAAUUAGUAAGGAUUUAAAGCGUUUUCUUUUAAGCAUGUAAUUAUUAUUUAUAACUUUAUUCUUCUGUAUUACGUUUAUCAUUAGCUUGUAAAAUCAUCGAUUCAGCAGGUAUGCUAAACUUUGUCUCACAGUUGUCUUGAACUAACUAUCGAAUUAUCUAAACUAACUCAGCAUUCACUAGUGUUGUUUUUGAAAUGUCUUAUGAAGCUUAUUUCGUGAAAAAUUUAUGGGAUUUUUUCGUACAUCCCAUGCGUAUAUUUUUUCCUUAUUUUCCAUACUUCUCAUCACUGCAUUUCCUGACCAGCAGAUAUUUUCACAACCAGUCGAUUACGUUUAAUCAGCACGAUGCUAUCAGUAAAUGUUAAUACUGAAUAAAAAAAAGGCGAAGUCUAAUCGACAUCUUUCUACACACAUUCCCAUCUUUAACUUCUGGUAAGUUAAAUAUGACAACUAGAUCUAAAAACGAAAAAGUGAAAUAUCAAUUCAUUUCAAUAUAUUUACUAUCGUAUUAGUCCUGUUAUAUUUUUGGAUAAGUGAAAGUAGAGGAUAAUUACAAAAAUGAAAUUCUAAGAAAGUUGUUAAUAAUAUAUUAUUUUGAUCUCUCAUAUUUUGUUCAUAGAAAUCUAGUCGUUUCAAUUUGUACUCUCUUGUGGAAGACAGUUUAUCAAGUACUACCCAUGGGGUUAGUCCUGAAAGAUUAAGAAAUUUCCGUUCUCAAUCACAAAGUCGAACUCCACAACCAUCUGUGCAAUCAAACGUACCAUUAAAUCCAACAAGUGGGACUUCUCGUAUAUCACACCUUAUUUCAGGUCCCUCAGACUUUCGUCACAUUUCGCACAUGGGACCUCAAAUAACAGGUGCACCUCUUUUAGAUCUCACUUCUAGCCCAGGGGAACCACCUCUCACAGAGGCUGAACGAAUUGCAAGAUUCAAGUCUGUAUUGGAAGAAAAAUGUGGUAACGGUAACCGAAGAGGUUCUUCACCUAAUAAUAUUCCCAAUGUUUCACUCCACCUUCCUUUUUCCGACCCAAACAAUGCACCAGAUGGUUUUCAUCAUAAUGCUUCAUUGACUCAAAUGUCGACGAUAACAAAAUCCCAAUCUAAACAGUCAACUCCUUUUGCACACAGAUUAAGUUUAACUGAUUUAGAAUGUAGCGAAGAUCAACAUUAUAUGGAUCAAAAACCUUCUUUUAAUAUUGUACCCGGUCAAUCCCAACGUGUUCGUUCUUCAUCGUUGCGUCCUAGUGUAAAAACUUUACUUUCCAACUUAGGUGAUGUAACUAAUAUGUAUAAUAAAAAUUCCUCUUCUAAAUCGGGAUCUCACAAACGUAUUAAUGAUGCAUCAUCUUGUCAAAGUAAUGUAUCAUCUGUAGAGAAAAGCAGUGAAGCUGUCACUACACCAACUGCUUUUCCGUCACUUCGACUUUCUAAUUCACCAAGUAUUCAAGAAACAGUGAUGGCAUUAUUUUCAAAGCUUUCCGAUGAUAGUUCUUCAUGUCCUUGAUUUACGAUCAAAUAUCAUUUUUCAUCCUCUUCGUUUAUUGUUAUCACUGGAACGUCCUACCAUUUUCUAUUUAUAUUCAAAUAGGGAUUGUCCACAAUAUUUUGUGCAGGCUGUGAUUUCGUGGUAAAUAUAACAAUAAAAACUUCCCUUAUUUUCGCGUUAUAUCACUGGACUAGUUUCAGUUUUUUUAUUUUUUAUUCCGCCAUUGCCAUUUCGCAAACCAUUAAUGCUGCGGAAAUAUCAUCUUAAAAACAUCCUCUGUAUAUUCUUGAAACAUCCUAUUGUUUCUUUCUUUGUGUGUACAUUUUUAUUCUCUUUUUCUACUGAAUACAAUCGUAUUGUUCAUCCUGUCUUCCCUUAGUCUGUUAAUAAUUUAUUUGUCUUGGUUUCAUGUCUCUUUAAUUAACUGACUGUUAACUCUGCAGUUUAAUUAUAUUCAUGCUUAGUCAUUGUAAAUUUUCUUUUCAUUUCUCUCUUGUUUCUGUCUUUUGGAUAAAUGAAAAUCCGAUCACUCCAUUAUGCAACAUUUUUAUUACAUAUGUUACAUAAUCACCAACAUUUUUGUUAACAUAUGUAAGUUCCUUUACACAAUCCAUCUAUAUUUUGCCUUUAUUAAUGUACAAUGAUGGUAUUAAAUAAGAGUUUGCUCGUAUAUUUACCAUAUUUUAUAGUUCCUAUUGGUAAUACUAUAUUUAUUCUCAUUCAAAUAUAGUAAAUACCCUUUUUGAAUUGUCAAAUGUACAUCGUUUCUCUGAAAUUUAAGUGAAAUAAAACCGUAUUUUAGUUCUUCAUCAGUUGUUACUGUUGUGAAUUGAUCUUACUUUAUAAUGCUUAAUGAGUGUACAAUGUAGUGUAAGCAGUUUUAAUAUUGUUUAACAAGAUUUUAUGCCUAAUUUCACGAUGAUUGUUGUUCAUUGUAUACUAUUUAGAUAGUCUUGUUGAAUAAGUCAUGUUAAAUCUAAUUGUUUUGUGACAAUAUUUUUUCUUAAACUUGAAACCAUUAUGUUAUCUGAUCUCUUUUCAUUCAUAGUUUAAAGAACUUAUUGUUCAUGUGUU